AUUUCCCAAUACCAAGCAUCAUGCAGAGGGAGGCGACGGUCCGUACACCAACCCGCGACGACGAAACGUUCAUCGCGGACACUUCGUUCGUGAUCAUGGAGCCAGAUCGGGUGCACACAGUGCCGUCCUCGACGAUCCGACUGUCGAUGGGACAGGGCAAUACUGUUGCGUUCAACUCGGAGCAUUCAUCAUGGGCUAACGUGACCAGCCAUCGGACGUCGUCCAAGCGACCGUCCAUUACUCGCUGCUCUAUAGAUGUCAAGCCGCCACUUUCUAACGGUUUCAAGCGUUCGCGCGCUCGAGGCGAGUCUCUGCUCUUGGACGCGCGAUUUCUGAGUGACGAAGAUGCUUCGCGGCUCAUCUUGCAAGCGAAUCGCCCUCCUUGCGAGGACGGCUCGACGUUGGAGGAAAUGAUGCAAAGCAUCAAAGCCCGGCAGUACUACCAGCAACAAUUCGCAAAGAUCCAAGAACAGGCGGGUAUGAACCCCCGUACGCUUCGGUUUUCGCCCGUGUACGAAGACGCGUACGCGACGUACUGCCAGAAGAGCUCGCUUCUUCGCGUCCGGUUCUGCUUUCUCCUCGGCAUGUGCUCGCUCGGAUUCUUCCUCUGGUACGAUACGACGCAGCCAUCGUACAAGGCGACGGCCACGAUGCCGUUCUGGACGUUUUCAUUCGCCACCGUGUCCCGCAAGGACAUUUUGGACGUACUGAGCAUCGUGGGGCCGGUCGCGUUCGGCGCGGGUGUGCUGCUCACGUACUUCAAGCGGUUUCAACGGGGCGUGGCGCUCGAGAUGAUGUCGUUCGUUGUUUUUGGAGUGGUCGCGCUGUCUCUCAUCGUGCGCAAGCCCGUGGGGAGGUAUCGAGGCCCAGUGCUGCCGCUGGUGAUCCUGCUCAUCCCGGUGUUUGGCAUCACCAAGAUGCGCUUCCAGUGGAGUUGCUUGCUGGGGUGGGCCACGUUUGCGCUCUACCUGACCAUCCAGCUCGCGUCCAAGAAGUUCCUCGACGACCAGACGUCGGAAAAGUGGGAUUCCGUGUCGGAUCUGGUCUACCAAAGCAUCAACUACGGCAUCAGCAUCAUCGGGGGCAUGGUGUCUCAUUAUCGACAGGAACUGCUGCGGCGGCGCAACUUUGCUUUGCAGUUGCCGUUUGCGGGGCUCAUGGUGGACGACUCUGUCGAGUUGAAGGACGACAAGUUCAAGAAGCGCGCGCUGCUCCGCCGCGUGACGAUGGCAUUCCGACACCCGGACGUCGAAGCCAUGUUCUACAAGCACUGGUACCUCAUCGAUCCGUUCCCGUUUAAAAACCCCAACGAGGCGGGGCUGCACGCCGGCGAAUUCCGCGUGCUUCGGUUCCCCAUCUACGGUCUACUCGUAGACCAAGUGAUUCUCGGCAUCCAGGACUACAAGCUGCUGUGGCUGCCCGGUCAUCCCGUCAAGUCCACGAGUCCGUUCACAGUGUCCGAGUCGGCGUGGGCGUACUACGCGAGCCUCGUGUGCCGCUACGCGGUGAUCGUGCCUUGCUACUUGAGCAUCGUGGGGCUGUUGUAUUGCAUGGGCCGGGCGUUUUACACCAAGUGGCUGGCACAGACCAACCAGGACGACCUCACCCAUGCCGCGCUGUUGCAAGUCGAGCAAGGCACCCCGAGCGACGUCCAGCAAGUGUCGACGUUGGCGCUCAACGUGGCGCGAUGGCGGCAAUGGCGCGACGAGCGGUGGACGGACAUGCUCACGGCCAAGGGCGGGUUCGUACGAACGAAUGAUGCUUGUUGUUGUUUUACACAGAUCAUGGCCUAGGUAUGCGCGGUUUGGCCAGAUGUACGCGUCGAUGGUGGUGGCGCUGCACGUGGGCUGCAUUGCGAUGCUGCUGCUGUGGGUCACCCGCACCACACACAAGAAGCAAAACGUCUACUUUAUGGGGCUGCUGAACGCGCUCUUGUUCCCGCACCGGUCGGGGUUUCGCAUUCGGUUCAUUUACGCGACCGUGACGACCGUGACGCUGGCAAUGCUGUUUAUCGUCACGUCGGCGCUGGUGCUCGAUUCGGCGGCGUCGUCGUCGGUGCUCGGGGUUGUCUUGACCGGCGACAAGGACCUGCGCAACCUCUGGAUCGAAUACGUGACCUACAUUGUGGUGGUGGUGCUGCUGGGAAUGUUUGUCUCGCGCGAAGAAGAAAGCUUGCGCCGAUCGUUUUUCAUCCUCAAGAGCCUCCGGACGCUCGAGUUCGAAGAGUGGUUCCACACGCUGCUCAAGAUCCAAGGCUGGAUGCGCAUCAAACUCAAGGCCAAGCUGCACCACAUUCGCAUCCAGCGCACGGAAGAUAUGGCUCGACCGACCGACGACAAGCGACACGCCAACGUUGAAGUGGUGGCCGAUACGUCGCCGUACAUGGGCAUGGCGUCCAAGUAUGGCAUAUAUGCGCAAUCGUUCAACUUGGCCGCUGUCCUCGUCGACCUCAUUCUUUCCCUGGGCAGCGCAUAAGAUGCGCGCAAAGUUCCGAAGAGGCUCGCGACGAACGUCGACACACACGCUACCCGAGGCUGAUCUAGUUGACCACUUGAAGCAGUGCCAUAACUAACACACAAACACAACUGUUACUCGUAAUUCAUAAGGAAUGGUUGUUAACGUAGG